UUAUUACAAAUGAGGAAGAAACUAUUCUAAAACCAUUACAGUAUGAUUAUUUUACCCCAUCUAUAUUGCACCAUGAGCCUCAGACGUCAGGUUCUGGUGGGUGGGUUGACUCACUUUUGUGUUUACGUGUGGUGUCAAACAUUAUCUUCUUUUUUUUUCACUCAGGUGUAUUUUAGUCCUGUGGUCGCACAGUUCCAACUAAACUUCCUGUCCUCUUCCUCGUCAUUCAGUGCGUCAUAAGCGUCGUUGCUGCAGAUAUAAUGCAAACAAAUCCUGUUAAAUCUGCUGUCUCUGUCUGUUCACCUUUACUCUAAAACUCAAAUCAGCUCAUAUUAGUUCUUAAACUGCAAGUACUACCCCUGUGCACAGUGAGACAUGCUAAAAACUAUGUAUAAUAUUAAUAUAGGAUGUGAUUAUUAACAGGAUGUAUGUUUUAGAUAGAGAGGAAGUGUGUGUUGUGGUUUUGGGUGGUGUGUGAGUUCAUCGUCAUGCCAACAACCCAGAUACAGAUCUCAACUGGUACGAUGAAGAUUCCUCGUGUCUGAGGUUCUCAUUUUGACCUGAUGUUCAACUCUGACUGAAGGAGGUGUCAUUAGUCAGUGCCGGAGACUCCCUCCACAUUAUCUGUGGAGCUAAAAACUGACGAGCUGAUUCAACAGAUGUAAAAAAGAUCAAUUAUAGGGAAGUAACACUCAUAACAGGAAGUAAAUGCUGUAUCUGUCUUAAAGAAGCAUUCGUUCAGAGACUUUGACAGUUGAGGGCGUGAGAACAAGAGAUAACGAGAAGCAAGAUGGUUCAAUUCAAAUGGAUUAAAAUGUCUUUAUUUGUGAUACUGGUGCUUCUGUUUACAGCAGUAACUGGACAAAACUCUUCCUUCACUGUCAGAGUUGGAGAUGAAGUCACUUUGCCUUGUGAAAAUGUGAUUAAAAAUCAGAACAAAUGUGACAGUACCACUUGGAUUAUCUGGGGGUCAUCUGGGGGAACAGCAAGAGAGCUGGUUACUCUUGGGAAGAUUAGUCAAACUGGGAUUUCCAAAGAUAUAUCAGACAGACUGAAUGUUACAGAGAACUGUUCUCUGGUUAUAAAGAAGGUCACAGACAAGGAUGUUGGUCGUUACACCUGCAGACAGUUUAUAUCAGGACAACAACAAGGUCCAGACUCUCAGGUUGAUCUGUCUGUUAUUAACAUUGAGAAACAACAGUACAAUGAUACAGUCAUCUUGAUCUGCGCUGUGUUGACAUAUGGACGCUGUGGACACACAGUGAAGUGGCUGUAUGAUGAAAAAGAUAAGAAUGUGUUGGACACAUUAGAUACUGUCUGUUCAUCAAAGGUGACAUUUACAACUCAUCUCAAUCAGAAGUCAAACUAUUAUGAGUUAUUUAAGUGUAACGUGACAGAUGCUAAGAGAGGACAAACGCUGCUGUGUGAUGUCGGUCCCCAGUCCUCAUGUGAGAAAACAGGAAGCAAAGGGAAUAAUAAGACUGCAGAGGAUGACACUUCAACACAAGGUAGUGACUUAACAUCUCUCUCUCUCUCUCUCUCUCUCUCUCUCUCUCCCUCCUGCUCUCUCUCCUCUCUCUCUCAUCUGUUUCUCUCUCUCUCUCCUCUGUUCGUCUCUCUCUCUAACCCUCCCUCUCUCUCUCUCUCUCUCCUGUUUCUCUCUUCUCCUUCUCUCUCUCUCUCUCUCCUCUGUUCCUCUCUCUCUCUCUCCUCUGUCUCUCUCGCUCUCUCCUCUGUCUCUCUCGCUGUCUCUCUCUCCUCUGUUUCUCACCCCCCCCCCUCUCACUCUUUCUCUCUAUCUCCCUCCUGCUCUCUCUCUCAUCUGUUCCUCUCUCUCUCUCUCUCUCUCUCCUCGUUCUGAGGCGCCGGCAUGGCGUCCAGCAGCGGAUUCUCCAGGCUGACUCGGAAGCACGGCAUUAAAACCGGAGCCGGCUCUCCGUGCAGGGUGGAGGAGGUAGCACUGACUAGUUUGAUUAUCACUUCAGAGUCCGUGUGUCGAUGAUUUCGAGUACAUCCUCUUUGCGACAUCAUCCACUGUGAAAUGAUUCGGAUGUGGCUAAGAGGGACAUUUGAUUAAGGCCUGUCCGAGCC